AUGAGGUUAAAUAAGCUAUAUACUUAUAUGUUUCUUCUUUUCCUUCUAAAUUUAAUUUUAGAAAAUACCAAAAUUUUCUGUGAAAAUAAUAAUACAGAUGAUAAUGCAAAAGAGGAAUCUAACAGUGAAGAAGAAAAAGAUACUGCUGAAGAAUUUGGUGAUGUAUCUUCUGGUGAACAUCCCAAACAAGAUGAUGGAGAAACAAAUGUAAAUAAAAAAGAAAGGAAAAAAGUUCAAGAUAAUAUACCAGAAAUAGAAGAAAGUGAAAAGCCAUUAGAUAGUAUUGAGAAUCACGAAUAUCAAACAGAAGUAACGAGAUUAAUGGAUAUAAUUGUCAAUUCAUUAUAUACACAUAAAGAAGUGUUUUUAAGAGAAUUAAUAUCAAAUGCAGCUGAUGCUUUGGAAAAAAUAAGAUUUUUAUCAUUAUCCGAUGAAAGUGUAUUAGGAGAAGAAAAAAAAUUAGAAAUAAGAAUAUCAACGAAUCCUGAAAAAAAUAUAUUAUCUAUUACAGAUACAGGUAUUGGUAUGACAAAAGAUGAUUUAAUUAACAAUUUAGGUACUAUAGCAAAAUCGGGAACUUCUAAUUUUUUAGAAGCUAUAUCUAAAAGUGGUGGUGAUAUGAGUUUAAUUGGUCAAUUUGGUGUUGGAUUUUAUUCUGCUUUUUUAGUUGCAGAUAAAGUCAUAGUUUACACAAAAAAUAAUAAUGAUGAUCAAUAUAUAUGGGAAUCAACAGCAGAUGCUAAAUUUUCCAUAUACAAAGAUCCACGUGGAUCUACAUUAAAAAGAGGUACUAGAAUUUCUUUACAUCUAAAAGAAGAUGCAACUAAUUUAUUAAAUGAUAAAAAGAUUAUUGAUUUAAUCUCAAAAUAUAGUCAAUUUAUUCAAUUUCCUUUUUUUUUUUUUUUUUUUUAA